UCCAACUUUCUUAAUCUCAUUCCCGUUUGCGUCCUGCUCGAUGCGCCCGAUUGCGUAAUUAGGGUUAAGGAUUCUUCUCUUUCCCUUCUCCCGUUUCCUCCUUUACGACCCGUACUUUUUCCGACUUAUCGGAGUUACAGAGUAAGGAAAAUGGUCAGGCACGGACAUGGGAUUUCGGUCGAGGUGGUGGGAUCGAUGCUCGAGAUGGCGGACAUGGCAUGGCACGCCCUCGAGCACCGCCGCGAGCGCGGCGUUGCGGUUCAUGACGAUCAUGAAUCGGCGCGGCUCCGGGACGAGAACCUUCGGCUCAGAACCAUACUCUCCGAUAAUCUCGCCCUAUUGCAGACUAUCUAUAAUUCGCCCGAAGUCUCCCUGGAUUGCCCUCCUGAUCUUCAUUCACGUCUUUUAGCCGCUGUCAAGAACUCAAACUUCCUAGAAAACCUUGAAUCACUUCAUGAAGGGUCAAAAUGUAUAGAAAAUUCUGGAGUCCCAAUUACAAAUGAUAUAGAUGCAAAUCAAAGUGGUACCGAAGUUGCAAUCAAGGUUGGUGAUGCGGAACCCAGCUGGUGGGUUUGGGUAGUCCAUGAAAUUACUCCUGAUUGUUUGGAAGAAAUCAGCGGGAUCGACAAUGAAAAUUAUGUUAUCAUCAGCGAGGAAAACGUGGUUGAUGGCAUAUCAAACUAUAUCGCAAGAUGCAUCAUAGAACACCCUGACUCAAAAAUAUUAACGCCAGAGGAGUUGCAAAAAGUUGUAACAAAGGCUAUGGGUGUAACUAAGGAUAGGAGAAAAUGGAAAGACAUUUGGGAGGCUGGGAAAAUUAUCUAUACCUUGUCGACAUGGGGAAUUGCUUUAGCUGGGCUAUACAGGCACAGGGCGAUCGUGAAAGCCGCAGUAAAAGGGGUUGGUGCAUCUGCAAACCUUGUCAGGAAGGCUCUCUAGAAUCCCCGACGCUUUGUGCUAACUGUGAAUAACACUCUUGAUUGUUCUUGCAUCAAACUUAAAACUGUUGUGCCAUUUGUACAGUUACUGAAAUGUUAUGUGUUUACAAGGACGGAAAAAAGUGUUCUGAUCCUACUGUUGCAUAGGAAUACAUAUGCACGCUAUCUACAAAAUGGAAGGAUGGUUUUAUAUUGUAUGUGAAUGUCCCAAGAAUGUUUACUUGGAAAUGAUAUCUCUGCUAUUGUCA